AAAGGAAGGACAGAAGAAAGGAAGAAAGGAAGAAAGAAAGAACGAAAAGGCACGAAGGAUCGCGUGCGCGCGAAAGGAUGGCCGAUUUGAUCUGUUUCUUGCUAGCAAUGUUCGGGCAAUUGCUCGUUCGUGAAAGCAAGGGUAGUUUUCUUGGCGUAGAACUCGAUGAAACCGAUCAAAAAUUUCUCAAUGAAUAUUUGUCUCUCGAUGAUGACAAGUAUCUCGCAGAGUUACAAGAGUUCGAAGAUACAGCGAUUGAGCUUGAUUUAAUCGAUCAAAAAAGGAAACAUCGGCCGAUACAUCAACCAGCCAGGGUGCUCUACCAAAUUGGGGAAAGCGAAGACGAGCUGCCAGAAUGUUCAGACCGAAGUGAAGUUUGCAGCAAAGUGGAUUUAUAUGGAUCACCUUGGGUCGAAAGACAAUGUCGUUGCCCGGAUGGACGUACUUGCCCUAGUAGUUUACACGAAGACGAUGGACACACGAUAGUGGAUAAAACACGGCAGUACAAGCUUUGCGAGCCAGUGAAACGUCUUCCCAUCUGUCGUUACUUCAAAGACGUCACAUGGACUCUAGCUCCUGGAGGGGGCCCAGCGAACGCGACGGUUCAGCGAGUUUAUUGUCGAUGUCGGCCGGGCAGCGUACCUUAUCUAGUUCGAAGGCAAGCUUACAAGUCUUCCGAGGGAAGCCCAGGAUUUAUUUAUGCAUUCGCGUGCUCUCCGCAAAGCAGACUACGUUGUCAACACAAGGAACCUUGUCGGCUGUUCACCGUGAGAAAGAGACGGAGCUCGCAGCUCGAAGAAGUAAACGCGUCGCCUCUUUGUCAGUGUCCAAAAGGUCAAAGAUGUCCAAGGAGGCACACCGAUCCAGGUUCCCUUCCAGCGAGAUCUUAUUCCGGCGUUUUGGAAAUCAAGACGUACAGCGGAUAUUGCGUACCCUCGCAGUCGCAUCAUUCCGAGGCGGUUUAUAACGUUUGAAUUUAAACGGUGGAUUUGAAAUGUGCCGCACUAGCUAGCGUAUGCAAUCGCUCGAAUAACGAAAGAAGCCAAACAUCCACAUGUGAUAUUCGGACAGAUUCUAUGUGCACGGUUUGAUUCUGACACUGUUAGAGCACGUCCUCCAGUGAACAGGAACAAAAAUAUGAAAAUCGAUUAAUACCGAAGAUAUUUGCUUCGAAAGAUCGAUAAAACUGGAUAAUAGUACCAGUGGAAUCUCGAGUGAUUCCUGUUCAUUUAGAAUUGUAAAUGUAAGUUUACCGUCCAGUCAUAGAAACCUAUGAACCUCGUUGAAACACGCUAUAGCACGUUAUUCCAUCGACCAACAUCGAAAUAUAACACCGUGUCGAGGAAAUUUCAAUUUAUUUCUUUUUUAAUUAGUUGAACGUAUUUGGACGUUGGAUAUUGUUAUUCGGUCUCGAUAGGAAAUACUUGUUAUGUAUAUUUGUAUCGUGUUGUAUAGGAUGUCGUAUAAUAAUUAUAUAUUUAAACUGAACGCGUUACUUAUAACAUCCCUACCUAUUGACACUUUCGAUAAUGAUGUUAUCUGUGAAUUAUAUUUGAUAUUAUUUUAUUACUACGUAUCAACGUAAUAUCGUUUUUGU